AUGACUGGGCAGAGACACCAUCGCAAUUCCAGUAAGCGUAGAAGACCAUCUCGCUCCCGUUCCACAAGAGCAGAGCUGCAGUUUCCCGUGAGCCGUGUGGACCGUCUCCUUCGGGAAGGAAACUACGCCCAGCGCCUGAGUUCAUCCACGCCUGUUUUUCUCGCUGGUGUUCUCGAGUACCUGACGGCCAACAUCCUGGAGCUGGCGGGUGACGAAGCCCACAACAACCACAGGAUGCGCAUCACCCCAGAACAUGUGGAGAGGGCAGUGGACAGCAACCCGCAGCUCAGCCGCCUCUGGGGUGAUGUGACCACGUCACAGGUUGAUGAUAAGCCCCAAUCUACAAAGAACUGCUGAUGCCCAGGUCCCAGAGCCUGGCGGGAGCCCUCACAGCCUCAUCUAGGCCCCAAACUGCUCACAGCUGAAGGUGUCCCGUGCUGCUGCAUCAGCAAAUGCUAUUAAAGGGUAAAUCCCUGAACUUCUGACUCCUGUUAUUUUCUGUCAUUUUGAGUUAGAGGUAUCUGUGAGACAUCCCAGGGGAGAUCC